AUGCUUGACCAACCAUCACAUCUUCUCCAGCGAACUGCAGGAGAAAACCUAGCCCCCGAGGCCACGUCAGUAUCAAAGAGCACUGAGCCCUGGAUUUUCCGAAGUAAUCCGAUUAGACGGCUUGCAAGAAGACGAGGCUCAUUGGGCGAGUUCAAAGGCACAAUCAGCGAACUCGACUUGAAGAAGACCAACGCAAUUCACGAUAUUCUCAAGUACGAUAAGUAUAUUUACAAAGCCCUUUAUCUCGUCUACUGGGUACCAUUGGGCGAAGAAAGAGGUUGGCAGCAAUCCGCUGCUAUGGACCGACCGGAUAUUGAUGUCUCCUACUGGCGCACCCAGCUGCGGGCGUAA